AUGGCUGAUGUGGGAACACAGCCCCUCACCCUAGGGCAGUUUAUACCUUCUCAGAACAGCAGCCUCACAGCUGUGCAGAGGGGGCUGCCACACCCCCAGGACAUGGGCCUGAUGACAGCACUUGAACCCCAGGGACACGAGAAGUCACUGUCCUGUGACAACACCCUGGGGACUAAGCAAAGACGCACAGAGUCAAGGAGACUCGGAAAGUGGGUCAAAAUGUUAAAAAAUUAUAGUAAAUAUUGCAGCAGUGAGAAGUUCCACCGAAGAUUCUUCAAGGACAUCCCCAGCCAGGUGCGGGGGAAAGUCUGGAUGCUAAUGCUUGAUGUCGACACAAAGAAGGCCCGAAACCCAGGGAAAUUUAAGGAACUAAAGGAUCAGGCCAGACGACAGUCUGGUGAAGUCUAUCACAUUGACUCUGCAGUGCGUGGGACAUUUCGAGAUCAUCUGAUGUUCCGAGAGCAAUAUGGGACUAAGCAGCAGGAUUUGUUUGGAGUUUUAAUGGCCUACAGCAUGUACAACCCUGAGGUGGGCUAUGGCCAGGGACUGAGCCAUAUAGCUGCAAUGCUGCUCAUGUGGCUAAAUGAAGAAGAUGCAUUUUGGGCUCUGGUCCAGCUCAUGGAGAAUGAGAAAUACUCAAUGUCUGGUCUCUACAAACCGGGACUCCCGAAGCUGGAGAUGCUCCAGAACCACCUGGGAGAUCUCGUGCACCGCACCCUCCCUGCUCUGGAGCAGCACCUGGAGAAGCAAGGAGGGGGCCUUGACGACUACACUGCACGGUGGUUCACCCAGUGUUUUCUGGAUGCGGUGCCAUUCUCUCUGGCUUUGAGAAUUUGGGACAUUUUCCUACUGGAGGGACAGCAUGUGCUCACCACCAUGGCACAUGUGGCCUUGAAAUUGCAUCACAAGCGCCUGUUGAAGAUGUCUCAGGGACGUAUCCAGGAGUUCCUCCAGGUGACCCUGAAGCAAGCAUGGGCCCUGGAUGACAAUGCUGUCAUCAAGCAGCUUCAGUCCUCCAAGCAUGAGCUGUCCAAACUACAGUGUCUCAUGCCUCCUGAAGGCAAGUCCUACAGCAUGGAACAUGAGCUGGUCUACAUCUCCCAGAAGCCUAUUCCUGCUACCACCACACCACAGGGUGGGGAGACAGCUCAAGAACUGGGGCCACUGUGCCAACAACAACCUGAGCCUUCAGCUUCACUUGCUGGACUUCCCCCCAUGGAACCAAUGACCUUCUGCCUUGUCUGGGGGAUAGAUGAAGAGGAAAACUCUGCCAAAGAGAACAGCUCAGAGUCCUUGGGCCAAGGGGCCCUAGUGCGUGCUUCAGGGUGUGCAUAUGUGGCCAACCCGGCCAAGACCCCAUGCAGCGUGUGGGACAAGGGGAGGCAGCUCCAGUGGCAUAGUCUGCCCAAUCUCUGUAUGCCUAUCCAAGGCGAAGACAGCCCACCUCCAGAGCUGGGCAGCCAGGAGGGCUUUAGAGCCCAUUCCCUGCCUUUCCUGGAGCCCCUGGGCUCAGAGUCCGUGAAGUCAAUCCCAGCCCCAGGCAGAGGGAUGAAGAUGGCUCCCUGGAAUUACUUCCAUGGGUGCCUCCUUGAAUAUGGUGAUAUUGGCAGACUGGAGCCUCCCCGGGCCAGUGUAAUGAUGAGCGAACAGCCUAACCCGAGGCCCACUAGAGGCCUCUUUUCUGCCUCUUCCCUGUGGAGUUUAUAA